AUGGAUUUUGUUGCCGGAGCCAUCGGAGGCGUCUGUGGCGUUGCUGUGGGCUACCCCCUGCAUCUCCCACAGGUCAGGAUCCAGACGGAGCCCAACUACACCGGCAUCUGGAACUGCGUCCGGGACACGUACCGCCGAGAGCGAGUAUGGGGCUUCUACAGGGGCCUCUCGCUGCCCGUGUGCACGGUGUCCCUGGUGUCGUCCGUGUCUUUCGGCACCUACCACCACUGCCUCGCGCACAUCUGCCAGUUCCGGUACGGCAGUGCCGAUGCCAAGCCCGCCAGGACUGACAUCACGCUCUCGGGAUUCGUCUCGGGCCUUGUCCGUGUGAUCCUGACCUCGCCCACGGAGGUGGCCAAGGUCCGCCUGCAGACGCAGUCGCAGAUGCAGACGCAGGCGCAGACACAGUGCUGGCGGUCCUCGGCCUCGUGGCCCGUGGCCGUGCCCACCCAGUGCCCUGCGCUUCCUGUGACGCUGGGGGUUGGGCCCAAGUACCGCGGGCCGCUGCACUGCCUGGCCACUGUGACCCGAGAGGAGGGACUGCGAGGCCUCUACAAGGGCAGCUCGGCCCUGCUUUUAAGGGACAGCCACUCCUUUGCCACCUACUUCCUCUCCUACUCCAUCCUCUGCGAGUGGUUCGCCCCCACUGGCCAGAGCCAGCCAGAUGUCUCAGGUGUCCUGAUGGCUGGAGGCUGUGCGGGGGUCUUGGCCUGGGCCGUGGCCACUCCCAUGGACGUGAUCAAGUCGCGCCUGCAGGCGGACGGGCAGGGCCGGCAGCUCUACCGGGGCCUCCUGCACUGCGUGGUGGCCAGUGUUCGCGAGGAGGGGCUGAGGGUCCUGUUUAAGGGGCUGGCACUCAACUGCUGCCGCGCCUUCCCCGUCAACAUGGUGGUCUUCGUCACCUACGAGGCCGUGCUGAGGCUCACCAGGGCCCUGCUCAAGUAGCUGGUCCCACGCCCCACGGGCUCACCCACCAGCCGCCUCCAGAGGUUGUAGUAGCUGGAGGAGGCAAAAGGGAGGGUCCCCACCGGGAGCCACCC